AGUCGUAUCAUUAUAUCUAGAGCCUAGAAACUAUGGACUGUGGGAAGCCAUUUAAAGAUUCUUUAGGAGAUAUGGAACUGGGAAUUAAAACUAUUCGUUAUUAUGCUGGAUGGGCAGAUAAGGUUCAUGGAAAGACUAUACCAGUAGAUGGUAAUCUUUUCAGCUUCACAAGAAUUGAACCUGUGGGAGUGUGUGGCAUGAUUGUCCCUUGGAAUUUCCCUCUCAUGAUGGUGACUAAUAAACUUGGGCCCAGCUUGGCUACUGGAAAUACUGUUGUUGUCAAGCCUGCUGAGCAAACGCCUCUAUCAGCUCUAUAUGCAGCAAGUUUGAUUAAAGAAGCUGGUUUUCCUCCUGGUGUUGUUAACAUUGUUCCUGGUUAUGGACCAACUGCUGGAGCAGCUAUUUCAGAACAUCCUGAUGUUGAUAAGGUUUCUUUUACAGGUUCAACUGAGGUUGGCAAGUUAAUUCAGGAAGCAGCGGGUAAAACCAACACUAAACGAGUUACCCUUGAAAUGGGAGGAAAGAGUCCUUUAGUGGUGUUUGCAGAUGCUGACUUGGACAAGGCAGUUGAAAUGGCUCAUUUCGCAUGCUUUGUCAACCAAGGAGAAUGUUGUUGUGCUGGAUCACGUACUUACAUACAGGAGGAAAUUUAUGACGAGUUUGUAAAGAAAAGCAAAGAACGGGCAAUGAAGAAAAUAGUUGGUGAUCCUUUUGAUGAUAAAACUGAACAAGGUCCUCAGGUAUUGUGUAGAUUUCUUUUUGUAUUUACCCAUCAAGCAGAACUAACUACAACUUGUAUAGACAUGUACAUAGAGGGAGAAAUU